AUGUCUUCACCGUCAGUUGAGCAGAAUGCCGUUGUCAGGGAAGCGGGUAUGCUGGAGCGAUGGCACAUUGUCCGUCAAAAGCUGGGCCUGCUCGGAGCCGUCGUCAUCUCUGGGCGAUACGCGCGCGCGGAUGGGAGUAUCUUCGACAAAGCCCACCUCUAUGCAGCUCUGGAGAAGGUUAUACAGAAACACGGAUCCCUAGCCAUGUGCAUAGCUGGUGAAGCGACGCUCAAACCGGCGUUCGUUCGUUUGAACAAAGUCAACUUGGACGAGGUCGUCACCUUCGUCGACGGUGACCUGUGCGACGUCCUCCAGGCCGAAAUCGGCAAGGGCUUCGAGAUGACUCGGCCCUUGUGGCGACUCUUAGUGCUGCGGGACGGCACAGUAGCGUUCAGCUUCCACCAUGUGAUCGGAGACGGGCAGAGCGGGAUGGCCUUCCACCAAACUCUACUCGCCGUUCUCAAUGAGAUCGAUGAAGCCCCGCCUUCGCAUCCGGCCCUCGUGUCCGGCCCCUCGGAAAUUACGCUCCUGCCACCUAUCGAACACGCCGCGGAUCUUUACGUCUCGCCCUUUAGGCUCAUCCGCGAAAUCAUCAAACAGUUCUUGCCCAUCUCUUGGACCUCUGCCUACUGGGCGUGGACAGGCUAUCCGACUAUUCCAGAGGCCAAGCUCGGCUGCAAUCUGCGGUUGUUGUACCACAAGCCCGAAGCAGCGCAUCGCGUAUUGCGGGUCUGCAGGGCCCACAACACUACCUUGACAGGUCUCAUCCACACUCUAGCGACGCUCAUCAUCUCCGAGCUCCUUGCAGAAGACCCCUCGGUUGCCGACAGGUACACGUCGAUAUCGACAACCAUCCCCGUCUCGCUGCGCCCCCUCAUCAACGCACCCACUGAUGCGAUGUGCAACUAUGUUUCCGCUCACCCCUCAUUUCCUCCUUUCAUCAAGCGGACGCCGUCUGCAGACAAGUCAUGGCUGCGAGAGUUCCCCUGGGACACAGCGAGCGAAUUCUCGCGGACGCUGCGGGAGCAGCAAGCACGAACCACGGAGAAUGUAGGGCUCGUCAAGUACGUCUCGAGCUACGAAGACUACCACAAGAAUAAACUCGGGAAGAAACGCGAAACUACCUUCGAGAUCUCAAAUGUCGGGAGGUUCCCGGCGGGUACUAGCGCCGAGCCGGGUCUGUUGAAGUGGACCCUCGACGACGUCUACUUCACGCAGUCGAGCCCGUCCUCGGGAGCCGCGAUCCACAUGAACGUCGCGGGCGACCCGGCGGGCGGGGUCGGGAUCUCCGUAACAUGGGCCGAGAGCGCAGUAGACGACUCGUUCGGCGAGGCGUUCUUCACGGCACUCAAGGAAGGGCUCGAGGAGGUCGUCCAUCAUGACGUCGCAUAG